UUUAGGCCCAUUGAAAAUACGUCGUCGUUUAGGGGAACCGUUGCCAUUUGCUAGGGUUUUAGGUUCAAAUUUCUUCGCCCCAAAUCCCAUUCAAAUUCAACCAAAUUGCUCUUCUAACCGCCCAAGGUUGUUUCUUUCCCUAACAAACCAUCAAUUCGAAUUCAACCAAAUCGAUCAAAGGUUGUUUCUUUCGGUCGGGAGAAAAAAAAAAAAACAGCAAUGUCUAGUAAGAAUUCAGACGAAACUUUGUCCGGGAAUAGGAACCCGAGAAUAACCUGGGAAGGCUGCAGUGUUUUGCUCGACAUCAACGACGGCGAUCGAGUGCUGUUCUCUCGCCUCAACGGCGGCGCGAAAAUAAAGAUAGGGAACAAGAAUUGCUCGCUGCAGCCUUUGAUUGGAUGCCCGUUUGGGUCUUCGUUUCAGGUAGAUGUCGGAGAAGACGGACCGUUUCUCUCCCGAGUCGGUCCAGCAUCUGAAGGUUAUAAUAACCUUGGGGAGAAAAUGGAUUGCGAAGUUAUGGAGGAAUGCAGAGAUAAUCGCGCAUUAGUUGAUAAUAACACAGCCCAGACUCUCACGGGUGAAGACAUUGAUGAAAUGCGGAGAAAGGGAGUAACUGGGGAUGAAAUAGUUGAGGCCCUUAUUGCAAAUAGUGCAACAUUUGAUAAGAAAACUGCAUUUUCACAGGAAAAGUACCGGAUCAAAAAGCAGAAAAAAUAUGCACCGAGGAUACUUGUGAGACGUCCAUUUGCCCGAAGCAUAUGUGAAGCAUACUUCAAAAAACAGGGAGAGAAAAUCGGGUUUUUACGGGUGGACACACUGUCUCUUCUGUUGUCCUUUGCUAAUGUUACCUCACACUCAGAUGUACUUGUAUUGGAUAUGCUCGACGGUUUAAUUACUGGUGCUGUGGCGGAGCGUUUGGGAGGAAUGGGUUAUGUAUGUAAUACGUAUUGCGGGAUGACUCCAUAUCCUAUUAAUAUUGUCCGAAUGUUCAAUUUCAGUAACGAGACAUGCAAAAAGAUCGUGCAUGCUUCGCUUUCUGAACUACAACCUUCUUCCCGCAGUGAAAAUUCAACGUCCAUUGACCAGAUCGAAGAUGACUCUGAUAUCGGAAAAGUGCAAAAUAAAGAAAUGUCGUCUCCUUCAACUAUAGACUUGGUCAGUAAUAUCGAAAGUGGUAAAAGUAUAAAGGCUGGCGAUAAGGCACCUCUUGAUGCUAUUAAUUCCUGGAAGGAAAAUGGCUUUUCCAGUUUGAUUAUUGCUGCUCCAGACUUGGAUGCUUGGAGCAUCGCAAAAGAGCUUGUACCACUUCUAUCUUACUCGGCCCCAUUCGUCAUUUAUCACCAGUAUCUCCAGCCUCUAGCAACAUGCAUGCACAAUCUGCAGACGGAGAAAAUGGCCAUCAGCUUGCAAAUUUCGGAAUCUUGGUUGCGUGAGUAUCAGGUUCUUCCAUCAAGAACUCAUCCACAUAUGCAGAUGAGCUCAUCUGGUGGCUAUUUAUUGACUGGCAUUCGAAUAACUGCCAGCGAAAAAAGCCCCGCCUAGUUAUAUGAAUUAUCGAUUUUUUUUUUUUUUUUAAUUUUUUUUAAUUACUAUUAUUAUUUUACCUUAAUUGAGUUCUGGUGUGACUUAAACCUUGUACUUGCCUUGAUUUGUAAGAAGUGUACAGUAAAUGCGAUUUUGCUCGAGCCACGGAUUAACUUUCAAAUAGUUGAUUUAUGGAAUAAUUAUGGAAAUUUGGCAUAA